GCGAGGAAGAAGAAAAGAUGAGGCGAGGGUAGAUUUUUCCUGGUUUUUCCUGCUCUGGCUGACAGAGGAACAGUCUUUGUGUCUGCUGCUCUUUGUCCUAAUAAUUUUUCCUUUCCUGGAUGCUGAUGUAUUGAUGGAGAUGGACGUACGUCACAUCCAGCCGACCCUGCUGUACACUCAGAGCUGCUCUGACUCAGUGUGAGAUGAAACCUGGGAACCAGCGCCACAGUACACAUGUCCGUCAGGUUCACCUAGAAGAAAAGCCGAUGAGUCAAAGUCUCCAACUAAACAGCAACGUUUGAUGCUCUGAGUAUGAGAAGCUGAGGUCUGCUGAGUAGUCACAACAGAGAGAGAAAAGACAACACAAGAGUCAACAAGACGAAUCUCCACCACCCAGCUGCCAGGAGAACAUCUGUACGAUCCAGACAGGUGAGGGCUGAGAGCGAUCAGCUGGAGGAGGAGAAAUGUUGGGGCAGGGCGGGCGCGUGGCCCUGACCGUCAUGGCAUCGGUGCUGCUGCUGUGGCGAGAGGCAGCAUCCAUCGAAGUUCCCCUAGACCCAAAGAUCCAGCAAGACCUAAAGCAGCCCCCCACUAUAACCAAACAGUCGGUGAAGGACUACAUUGUUGACCCCAGAGAUAACAUCAUCAUCGAGUGUGAGGCCAAGGGCAACCCAGUGCCAACGUUUUCAUGGCGACGAAACGGGAAGUUUUUCAACAUUGGAAAAAAUCCGAUGGUGACUAUGCGGAAGCGUUCGGGAACCCUGGAGAUCGGGUUCCGCAGCGGAGAACGGCCGGAGGACUAUGAAGGAGAGUACCAAUGCUUUGCCAGUAACGACUUUGGAGUGGCUCUGUCCAACAAAAUCCUGCUCCGGGUCUCCAAGGCUCCCCUGUGGCCUAAGGAGGUCUUGGAUCCAGUUUCGGUGACUGAAGGCUCCUCUCUGGUUCUACCCUGCAACCCCCCUCCAGGCCUUCCUCCUCCGCUCACCUUCUGGAUGAACAGCUUUAUGAUUCCCAUCCGUCAGGAUAGCAGAGUGUCCAUGGGUCUGAAUGGAGACCUAUACUUCUCCAAUGUUUUGGCUCAAGAUGCUGAGACAGACUACAGCUGUAACGCUCGCUUCCCCUUCACACACACCAUCCAGCAGAAGAACCCUUUCACACUCAAAGUUCACACCAAGGAGCCGUAUAAUGAGACAUCUUACAAUGCCUCUGACCCCUACGGUGGUCGUAAAGUAGCGGAGACCACGCCGACCUUCCUCUCACCCACAGGACGCGAGAGCUCCAAGAUGGUGCUGCGAGAUGAGAAGCUGCAGCUGGAGUGUAUUGCUGCAGGACUCCCGACUCCCACCAUCAAGUGGUUUAAGAGGGGUGCGGAACUGCCUGCAAGGAAGGUGAAGCUUGAGAACCACAACAAGACCCUGAAGAUCAUCGGCGUGUCAGAAGAGGAUGCUGGAGAGUACGUUUGCUUGGCCAACAAUCACUUAGGCAGCAUACAUCACUCCAUCUUUGUUCAGGUCAAAGCGGCUCCUUACUGGCUGGACAAACCUUCCAACCUGGUGCUGGCUCCAGAUGAGAAUGGACGCCUUGUGUGUCGGGCCACUGGCAAUCCCAAACCUAACAUCCAGUGGCUUAUCAAUGGACAACCUCUAGAAACUGCCCCUCCAUACCCAAACAGAGAGGUUCUGGGCGACACCAUCAUCUUCCGCUCAGUGCAGAUUGGAAGCAGUGCUGUCUACCAAUGCAAUGCCUCAAACCAGCACGGCUAUCUGCUGGCCAAUGCCUUCGUCAGUGUUCUCGACAUGCCUCCAAGGAUGCUGGGCCCCAAAAACCUGCUGAUCAAAGUGAUUGAGAACAACCGGACCUUACUGGACUGUCCAUUCUUCGGCUCCCCUAUCCCAGUGUUACGCUGGUUUAAGAACGGACAAGGCAGCGGGCUGGAUGGUGGUCAGUACCGCCUUUACAUCAAUGGUACCCUGGAGAUAAAACGGGCCCGAGCGGAGGACGAGGGCACCUACACCUGCGUGGCCAACAGCAUCCUGGGCACGGCUGAAAACCAGGUCCGCCUGGAGGUCAAAGAGCCGACUCGUAUUGUUCGGGCCCCUGAGCACCAGUCAGCCGUCAGGGGCUCCACGGUUCGCUUAGACUGUAAGGUGACGUCAGAUCCUAGCCUGCCCAUCACGGUGGUCUGGACCAAGGAUGAAAAGCCUCUGAAUCUGGGGUGGAGGCUGAAAAAGGAUGAUGAGUCGCUGACCAUCCCCAACGUCAAUGAGGGCGACGAGGGAAAGUACACAUGCGCUGUUAACUCUGAGAUAGACCAGGACUCAGCCUCGGCCCGCCUCACUGUGUUAGAGGAAGGCCUCCUCCACCCCUCAGUCUCUAGUGCCUUGCCUCCAGACCGUCCCGACCCCCCUGUGGAUCUGGAUCUGUCAGACCCAGCAGCCCGUAGCGUUCGCCUCACCUGGAUCCCUGGAGAUGACCAUAGGAGUCCCAUUACAGAGUUCUUGGUCCAGUUUGAGGAAAACCGCUGGGAUCCUGGCAGGUGGCAGAACAUGUCCACUUACCCCGGAGACCUGAACUCUGUCAUCCUGCAGCUCAAACCCUACGUCAACUACCAGUUCAGGGUCAUUGCCAUCAACUCGGUGGGUCAGAGUGAGCCAAGCCGAUCCUCGCGACGAUACAAGACCAGCGGGGCAGCCCCAGAUGCCAUUCCCAGAGAUUUACGAGGAUGGGGCUCCAAAAAAGACAAUAUGGAGAUCGCCUGGGAGUCGUUGCCUGAUCUGGACAGAAACGGUCCAAACCUGCACUACUCUGUCUGGUGGAGACGGAAAGAUUCCGGGGAGGAGUGGAAUAACGUGACCACGUUCCAGCCAAUUCAUGUUGUCCACAACACAGAAACCUAUGUGCCUUACGAGAUCAAAAUCCAAGCCAUGAAUGAUUUUGGAUCAGGACCAGAGUCCAACAUGGUCAUUGGUUACUCUGGAGAGGACAAACCCUCUGAAACACCCACAGACCUGCGGGUGUCACAGGUCAAAGACAAAACAGCAAGCAUCUACUGGAAGCCUGUGGACCUGAGCUCUGUCCACGGGGAGUUCAAGGAGUACAGGCUGUACUACUGGCGGGAGUCCAGUCAGGUUCCAGGUCUGGUGGUCAGCAAGAAAAAGAUGACCAAGGGUUUCUACACCACAGUGGCAGAACCAUCCGGCAUGCUCAGUGACUUGGUGCCUUUCUCCAGAUACAAGAUGUUCAUGGUUGUGGCCAACAACCGCUUUGAGAGUCAACCCAGCAACGAGGUGGAGUUCACCACCAUGGAGGGAGUUCCUGAUGCUCCAAAAUUCUUCAGGAUCAACCGCAGAGGUCUGGAUACCAUCUACCUGGAAUGGGACAAACCUCUGGAGCCCAACGGCAUUCUGAUUGGAUAUCGGCUCAAGUACCAAACAGUCAACGACUCCAGUCAGCAAAAGCUCGAGACUUUCCUUCCUAAUGUGACACAGUUUACCCUCCGCCUGCCGAGCAGAUCCACACGUUACAAGUUCUCCCUGUCGGCGCUCACCCAGAUGGGCACAGGGGAGGAAUAUGCUGAGGAGUCUCCACACUUCGCCAAUGAAGUUGAUCUUACCGACGCCUCUGUGUCUCCUGCUCCCACCCCUUCUCCCCCUCCUCCUCCUCCUCCCACUACAAUUGCUACUACAACAAGUAGUACCUCAACUACCACCACUACUACCAGUCCGACUACCAGCACAACCACUGAGGCUACCACCAUCACCACCACCACGUCUCCUGUGCUGGUCACCACCAAGCGUGCUGAUCAGAACGUGUUGGUGGCUCCUGGGCGGGAGAUCUGGAAUCUGACGGUGGAGCCUAACAGUAACUACGCUAACGUCAGCUGGAGACACAACUUCCCGGCCGGCAGCAGCGAGUUUGUGCUAGAGUUCACACUGGACAGCGACGACUCGGUGAAGAAUGUUUCAGUGACACAGCAGCCCCCCAUUACAGUGGCGGAUCUGAUCGCUGGAGCCAAGUACCGCCUGAGGGUUUACUCCCAUGAGCUCAACAGCGUCAGCAGCAAAUAUGUCACCUUUAAGACCAAAGCAGCUUACAUAGACCAGGUUGACAUAGCCACUCAGGGAUGGUUCAUCGGUUUGAUGUGUGCCAUCGCCCUCAUCAUCCUCAUCCUCCUCAUCGUCUGCUUCAUCAAGAGGAGUCGUGGGGGCAAAUACCCAGGUGCUGGUUACGUGACUGCUCUCACAAAAUGUGUUGUGCGCGAUAAAAAAGAUCUCCCAUUGGACCCGGUGGAUCAGAAGGACCAGGAUGGAUCCUUUGAUUAUCACAGCGACGAAGACAACAAGCCUCUGCAGGGCAGUCAGACCUCUCUGGAUGGGAAUGUUAAGGAAAGCGACGACAGCUUGGUGGACUACGGGGAGGGCGGUGAUGGCCAGUUCAACGAGGAUGGCUCUUUCAUCGGCCAGUACACAGUGAAGAAGGACAAAGACGAGACGGAGGGGAACGAGAGCUCAGAAGCCACUUCGCCCGUCAACGCCAUCUACUCGCUAGCGUAGCGGAGCAGCAGUGCAUGGGGGAACUCUGUUAGCACCUUUUUGAAUUUAGGACGUUUAGAUCAUCCACAGCACCGUUACACAAGGCACAUAGGAGUGAUUAUCUGAAUAUAUGAAGCACGUUGUACACAGAUGGAGGCAGCAGGGUCUGCCUGGAGACUGCAGGCUCUCCUCUGCAGACCACCUGGAGGAACACAGAGGUGGAAUUAGACCACAAGCCUUUAAUUUCUGUUUUCAUCUCUAUGGCUGUUUCAGAGAUCGGCCAGCUGGAGGUGAUGUUCGGACAAAGCAGUGCUCAUUUCACCUGCUCUCCUCCCACACAGACUUGAAGUGUGCCUUCAGGGCAGGUAUCAACAAUCGCUCUGUAGAGAUUUUUUCUUUUCCUCCUCCUGUGUCAUCAUGUUGUCCUCGCUGAUGUCCUCCUCGUACCUCUGUGUGGUCCUCCAUUGAAGCAAACGUAGAGGUUAAACACACUCACCGCAUCAUCUGACAUAUCAGUCUCACACCACUUAUCUGGUCUGGAUUCAGAUCCAUUUAUCUCAUCAAAGAUUUGGGUUUUUCCACAAAGACUCACUGAAUCCUAAAGAAUGCUAUCCUGGCACACAAAGCUAUGCACUACCACCUCCUGCAUACCACUUUCACUUUAAUCAGGUCAGUAAAAAUACACCAUCUUAGUUUUUUUUCAGCACUGGCAGAGUUAAUCUCAUGUUCACGUUGCCUUCAGCGACAUGGUCAACAUGUUCCUCUGACCUCUAAGCUAGGGUUGUAGUGCAGAUGUUUCUCCAUUUCCAGAAGAUUCCACUGAAAAAGAGUUUGGUGGUAAAAUAAAUUUGAGAGAACCUGAAAGACAACAGAGGAAACCACAAAGAAAGACCCAGAGAAUUACCUCAGCAAGGAACCAGCAGAUGCUGCGUUCAUGGUACAUGGGAAAUGUGAAAAAGAAAUGAAAAACACUUUAUUGUUAUAAUUUGGAAACUAACCCCCAAAUUUUCGUUAUGUUCUCGGCUACUUAAACAUCAUGUUGAGAGUAAACAUCUCCAUCUUUAUCUUCCUUUUGUCUCAUGAAUUUCAGCUCUGGGCUGUUUUUACAGUCAUCAACCCUCCAGAUGUUCCCGUACACAACAAACUGCAUUUCACUGAAACAUUCAGCCGGAACGUCUCUGUAGUCGUUCUCAUUUAAAACUCUCCUCAGCUUCUCGUCAGCCACUUCCUUUCCUCCAUUUUCUAGAAACAUAACCAGACAUUUUUAGAAUACUUGAAAUGAAAAUUGCAUUUAUAGCAUGAAAAUAUCUAGAAUGACUUCACAACCACCUCUGAGGCCACAUGCAGCAGCUUCUUUUGUUUGUUUUUGUUGUUUUUAGGGAGGUAUUUGUUCAGUAUUUCCUGUCAACACUUUUCUUUUACCAAACGUUGAGUGCUCCCCUCACACUGUAGUUGCCUCACACCCAGCCGUACUAUCAUUAUAUGCUCCAAUGCAAACUCAAAUAGAUGUAGAACAUUUAGCUUUGCUUUAUAUUUUAAAAUUUAUUUUAUAUUUCUAUUUAUUACAUGAUGUGGAUAGUAUUAAUAUAUUAGUUGUUAAUUUAAAAAAUUAUUUUAUAAAAAUUUUGACUAACUUAUUUUAUUGUUGCGUACAGGAAAUAGCCAAAACAAAGAUGUUUUCACAAUCUGUAUUUGUUUAUCUCCAGAGGCAUCAAACACAAGAAUAUCUUCUGAAUAUUUUUGUCACUGUAAAGAAAAAAACACAAACAGCCUCUUGCAUUAAUGAAAAAGCUCAUGUUUUCUCUCCAUUGUGCUGCUCUUCUUGUACUCAUCGUGUAUUACUCUGUGUUGUUAUUCAGAUUUAUGGAACAUAACCUCUCUACAGCACAGAACGGCCAUAUUAUUUAUUAUUUGUCAUUUACCCUGUAAAUGUAAGAUUUCUUAUCUUUGUAAAUAUUUAAAACUUGAUUUCUUCCCCAGAAACGCUUUAUCUGAAAAGUCAUGCAUCUGUAUCCACCAAGCAAAUGCAGCGGUGCAUCUUUAUCCUGCUGUGCACCUUUGUAAUGUAGCUUUGACUAACAUUUGCACUCUGAAAAGAAGAACCGUCCUUCACUCUGUGUUUCCUUUGCUUUGACGUUGUAUUACUGUCCUGUAUCUGGUACUGACUGUGGCCAGUCUGUCUGAUGAUGGACUGUGGAAGAGAUUGGAUCCUCUGUGAUGUAAAUAAGAAGCAAGCAGUAUAUCGUCUGUAGCAUUUGUCACCCUCAAACAGCUGAUAGGCCUAAAAACAGGUGUUUGCUCUGAACUGAAACUUAUUCCUAUCCUUCACACUCCUCUGGAUGUGCUACCUGCCUGAGACUUUGUUCAUGUUUGCUGCACAGCUGUGUCCCACUUCACACUGAGGGCUUCCAUUAACUCCACCUCCUGCAUCCCCUCUCUUCACACUGUUUGGACCCUCCAUGUUGCAUUCAGGUGCUCCUUGGCAACUUGUAAUACUGUGUAGUUUUCUUUCUUUUUCUUUCUUUUUUUUUGGCUCAGGUUCUGGUCGGUGUUGAGGUGUUGGAUGUACUUGGUCAUCCUUCAUCAUCAUUCAUGGUAGCAGCCAGAUUUUCCUCCACUAGCUCAACUCCAGGUUGGAGCAUGGUGGAAACAAAGUACUGGCACCAGUGUGAAAAGUGCUGUUAGCUGUGGCGCUCCAGUUUAAGACCACAACACAACAGCUCUUCACUUCCAUCUUUUCAUUUUUCCACUCCUUUCUUUCAAUUUCAUGUAUUUUAUGCAUAAAGCUGCUUGUUAAGGUCAAUUUAUGCAUGACGCAGAAGACUGAUACACAGAUGGACGGACAGUUUCAUCUGUCCGUCCAUCCGAAAACGGAGCAAUACCACAGAAAAUUGCAGGGGCAGUGCAGAGCAGAAUAGCUGACAUGCAACCAGCAAAAGAAACAAACCAGAGAAGUAGAAAAGGAUCAGGAAAGAAACAAAAACGCAGAAGAAUGAAGAUGAGCACAACAACUGUAGAAAUUGCGCAAGCUUUUAAAUAAAUACUGUUGCUGUGUCCUAAUUCAGGGUCUAUGCACUUCGAAGUGCAGAUUUGUCCGCUACAUACGUCAUCGUGGCGCACCAAGCACUGUCCCAUUUGGAAGGAACCUCCGAAUCCACCCUACAAACCCACACUUCGUUUGGCCUGUAACGAAGGCUGCUGGUGAAGCAUCCUUCAUGGCCUCUUUUCUCCCAGAAUUCCUUUUGCAUUAGAUGACGGCGAAUGAGCAACAAAGCUCCGAAGAGCCGUUCUUUUUCUUUUAAUCUAACUUUAGUAGAAAUGUGACAAAACCAAGUACAUUAAAAGCAAGUUUGUUAAACAGUGGCAUUAAAAUUCUUUAAUAUUUGAUAUAUGUGGAUUUUAAGGGGUUAAUGAAGAGUGUACCAGCUGCAAAACAACAGAACCUCAGAUAGUUUUUUCUUUCUUUUUUACGUUUUUACUCGGUCGGUGUUAACAUUCACUUAAGUGUCCUAUGAUAUGCCAAAAAUGUCAGAUGUUUUAAGUGAUUUAACGUCCUACGUUGCUGCUAUGGGAUAUGCUCAUCGGCUCGGUAGGCUGUCCUGUUUCAUGAACAGUAAGCGGACUUCGAAGUGUGCAGACCCUGAAUUGGGACACAGCUUUUAUGCUAGUAUUCAGGGCGUGUUGAGAGGUUGGAAACAACUUUAUAGCGAAGUGUUACUGCUUCCAAACGGUGUCUGAAACUGACUCUGAACUCAGCACUGCCCUCUAGUGGAAGAAUAGGCUCAACAAUGAUGGCAACAUAAAAGACGCGUGGAAGUACGAGGACUUUUAAAAUGGACGUCGCUAUUUACACAUGUAAGGGAGCAUAAAUGGCCUUUAGAGAGAAAUAAACUAACUGGUUACAGUUAGAAGCAGAUGAUGGUUUUUUCUUUCACAAUGUCUUUGGUAACUUGUAGCCCUGUGCUGGCUAGCUAAAUGAUUUACCAACAGUCAGAAAUGAGACAUAACAUCACUGGACAAAGGCUAGAACUGGCUAAUCCACAGGCAUCAGUUUAAUCACCCUCUUGAUUUAAUUUAAUUUACUAUCCUCUUGAAUCAUUAAGGACAAAAAUUUAACAAAUUUAAUAUUAUUUUCAGAUUUUUUUUCUUUUAUGCAUGAAUCUCUGAAUCAACUCCAGUCCUGUUCAAAAGUACCAAACAUGCAAAGAUUUUGAGGAUUUUAACUCUUUAAAUGCAGCUUGAUGACUUGAUAUCAAUAUUGUUUCUUAUGAAAACGAUAAAAAAAUAAUAAAAAAUCAACAAGUUUCAAUCAAAAUAUUUUGGGCUUGGGAAUUCUUGUCACAGACAUGUUAAUAAUAACCUAAAAUAUUGGCUUUGAUGCAUAAUAAGUGUUUGUGUCACAUCAAAUUUAAAAUGUCUACUACCUACCUUAUGUCAUUAAGGAGAAAAAUGUCCACCUAUGAAAAAAACUGCUAUAAAAUAGUACAAAUUAAUAUUUUUUCAGAUUUUAGUAAUUUAACUUUAGCCCUGAUCAAAUCAAUCGGAUAUUGAAUAAUAACUGGUUUAACCCUUUAAAUGCCAGUUUGAGUACAUGAUGCUAAGAUUUUUUUAAUACAAAAAACAGAAAAAAUGGAUUAUUUUCCAUAUAACAAAUGUUUGCUGGCAGGAGGAUCAAAUUUUAAAGUCUUGUUUUAUGUUAAGGAUUAGCCAAAAUAUUGACUUUGAUGCAUUAUUAGUUCCUGUGUAGCGUCAAAUUUAAAUUUACUGCCCUUUUAAGAUAUUUGAGAACAACAAUGUCCUAUUGACAAAAUCUAAUCUUGCAUUUUGAGAUGUUAGGGCUUUAUAUGAAAGGAAAAAUGGACAAAAAUGUCCAUAGUGAUGUAUGAGGAUUAAUACCCAUAGCUAAUUAAGAUUUAUAAUCCCUCUCAUGUGGAUAUUGUUCUCAGAAACUCUUUUUGUCUGUACUCAUUGGUAGCUGAUGAAGUUGCAAGUUGACAAGGAUCACCUUUAAGCUUAGUUCAACAGCUGUUGCAUGAUCACCUGGAGAAAUGUCUCUUCUGUCUGAUUUUCCAAACCACGACAGUCACUUCUUUCCCCCAUCAGAACCUUGUGUUCCUUCUGUCCAGCUGCAGAACCUCAAAGCAAUAUCCCUGACGUUUAAUUCUCUGAUGCCAAUGUUUUGCAGUGUGUUAGUUUGAGCACAGACAUGUUGUUGAACAGGAAACUGGUGCUGAAGCAGAAUAAAAAGAAGAAUUACUGAGUGGUAUAAACACAGGGUGAAAACCUCAGUAGGAACUUUCCCAUCAGAGUCUGAAAUCCUGCACCUACCUUUUCCCCUCAACUCACAUGGCCUUUCUGUCCCUCUCCAAUGAAUCAUGGGGGGGAUAUAAACUGGCUAUCUAACAGAGAAAAAAGAUGUAUGCAUAUUUGCUGAUAGUUAGUGCUUUAUUUCUUGUCCAUCUGUCCGUGCACGUUGGUUUCAUGUGCACACAGAGGCGAGUCUCUCUUUACUAUCUGCAUUGUUUCCGCUCAGUUUUCAAGAGAAAAAGAAAAUGUCAGCUUGGGUUUUCCUUCCUUUCAAAAUGCUGCAAAGUCUAGAAUUUAACUGGUGCACAUUUGCAACUGGAUUUUUUUAAAUGACUGAUCACAUGAUGUCAGGCUGAUUUUGUUUUUUGUUGUUUUUUAAUGAAUUGUCAUAUUUGCAUCUUUUUCUUUUUACCGUGUGCACCAGAGCAGCUUGUUAAGGUCUUGCCUCAACAUGCAAAGUAACAGCUUUUGUAAGUUCAUCUACUUGAGAAAAUGUAUAAUCACCUUGUAUGCGUGUAUGAGAUGUUGCAACUUAUGCUAGCGACGCCUUCUUUAUAGUAAAGCUAUCUCCUUUUCUCUA